UGGGCGGCGCCGUUGGGGUCACAGCCGCGGCGUGAGGAUGGCUUCCAGCUUUAAGAAGUCCAGCGCUGCUGCCACCAGCCAGAAGAGAAAGGUGGUACCUAAGCCCGAGCUCACUGAAGAUCAGAAGCAAGAAGUUAGAGAAGCGUUUGACCUCUUCGACGCUGACGGAAGCGGGACCAUCGAUGUGAAGGAGCUGAAGGUGGCCAUGAGAGCGCUGGGCUUCGAACCCAGGAAGGAAGAGAUGAAGAAGAUGAUCUCUGAGGUGGACAAGGAGGGCACGGGGAAGAUCAGCUUCAAUGACUUCCUGGCCGUGAUGACUCAGAAGAUGUCUGAGAAGGACACCAAAGAAGAAAUUCUGAAGGCCUUCAAGCUCUUUGAUGACGAUGAGACCGGGAAGAUCUCGUUCAAAAACCUGAAGCGCGUGGCCAACGAGCUGGGGGAAAACCUCACGGAUGAGGAGCUGCAGGAGAUGAUCGACGAAGCUGAUCGGGACGGGGACGGCGAAGUGAAUGAGGAGGAGUUCCUUCGGAUCAUGAAGAAGACCAACAUUUACUGAAGUCGGUUCAGAAGCUAAAGUGACUCUGGGUUCCCCGCUUCCGUUUUGUGAAACUUUCGAGGACAGCGGCUUCCUGUCCUUUCUUCACCCCACCCCCACCCCCAUAAUUUUGUCUAGAUCUAUUUCCAUAUCUCUAGCUCAAUUAAUAGAAUUUGAAAGAUGCUUAUAACGUGGGUUUUGGUUUUUAAUUCUCAAGAGCCAACCUGGAGCACAUGAGGUUAAGCAAAGGCCCCUGAAGUUGGAGUGCCCCCUCCAUUUGCCCUGCGCUGAACUUGCAGAGACAUCCGUUGAGCUGGAGGCAGGACAGCUUCUGGGACACACAAAAAUAUGGUUCCCUUGUCACUUCUUUGGUGGUCUUAAAUUAUGUUGCUUCAUAUAUCAUUCCUUAAAUUCCAGUAAUUGUUCCAGCAUAAUGAGAAGGAAUCUGCCAGUGGAUUUGCCUGGCCUGUCCACUUAGCUGAAUACCAGUUUGAAGGAAAACAGGGUGGCCACUUACAAACUGACUGAGCUCGGGACAGAUAAUCUUAUAAAGGAUAGGGUUGCCUGGGGUGGUAGUAAGUUGUGCAAUUUAGACUAUUCACUGGCUUCAUACAUGCAAAUGAUUCUUCGUUUGUGUGUAAAUUGUCCACCGUGGGUUUAUCUAAGGCCAGUAUGUAUACCAGGGAUACAGAAUAAAAAUAAAAUCUAAUAUUGGCCCAAG